AUGUGGAAAUCUCUCGCUUUGGCAGCCCUCGUGGGCACGACGAGUGUCCUGGCAGCCAAGUGCGACGUCGACUCCAAGUGUCCCAAGGAGACGCCGUGCUGCUCGCAAUACGGCGAAUGCGGCGUGGGAGCGUACUGCCUGGGGGGAUGCAACCCGCGAUCGUCCUUCUCGCUGGACGCUUGCGCGCCGGAGCCGGUGUGCGAGGACAGGGAGCUCAAGUUCGACACGGACGAGAACAUCCAGAGCAUCAACAAGUACCUGGGGGAUCCGUCCAAGGCGGACUGGGUGGCCUCUGGCGAGCCGGCGCUCCACGGGGACAACGUGCUGCUGACGAUGGCCAAGAACAGCGUGGGGACGGUGCUGUCGUCGACGGUGUACAUGUGGUACGGCAACGCCAAGGCGCGGCUCAAGACGAGCCGGGGUCGCGGCGUGGUGACGGCCUUCAUCCUGUUCUCCGACGUCCAGGACGAGAUCGACUUCGAGUGGAUCGGCGUGGACUUGGAGACGGUACAGACCAACUACUACAACCUGGGAUACCUCGACUACGAGAACUCGGCCAACAUCACGGUGUCGGACUCGUUCGCCAACUUCCACGACUACGAGGUGCGCUGGACCCCGGACCAGAUCGAGUGGCUGGUGGACGGCGAGGUGGGCCGCACCAUCAAGCGGGUCGAUACGUGGAACGAAACGGCCCAGCGCUGGGACUAUCCGCAGACGCCGGCGCGCGUGCAGCUCUCGCUAUGGCCCGGCGGCCUCGCCUCCAACGCAAAGGGCACCAUCGACUGGGCAGGCGGCGAGAUCGACUGGGACAACGCCGCCGACAUGAAGGACCCGGGUUACUACUACGCCACGCUCGAGUCCGUCUCAAUCGAGUGCUACGACGGCAAGAACGGCCUGGGCACCAACUCGGGCAAGUCGUACACCUACAAUGACGAGGCCGGCACCAACAAGACCGUCGUCGACGGUGACAAAUCCACCAUCCUGGGUUCCAUGUCCGCCACAGGCCUGGACAUGGACAAGGGAAAGAAGAGCGGCGACGACGACCUGAAAUCCGUCCCCGGGGGCUCCACCGGCAACGCCGGGUCCUCUGACGACGACGACGACGACGACAGUGGCAGCAGUGACGACAACAGCGGCAGCAGCGACUCCGGUACCAGCGAGGCUCCCGCCGGAUACGACUCUAGCAAGUUCGACCAGGGUCUAAGCGACGACUCGGGCGAUGGCAACAGCGGAGGCGGCAAGUCCAGUGCUAGUGCUCUGGCAAUGGUUAUUGCCGGGUGUGCCUUGUACUGGCUGUGA